UUCUUCUUCUUCGAAAGCCUACAAAAUUCUCAACGUCGGACAGAAUUGGGAAGAAAAAUGGGAGGAAAGGGAAAACCCCAACUUGCUGAAAUUACUGGUCCGGGAGGAAAGCGAUGGGAGAGACGUUAGGUUCGAGCGGUUCAUCAACCGCCAUUGAUUCCUCCAACAUCGGCUUCCAGCUAUUAAAGAAGCAUGGAUGGAAAGAAGGCACUGGUCUUGGUGUUUCUGAGCAGGGUAGGUUAGAACCUGUAGAAGCACAUGUGAAGAACAAUAAAAAGGGCCUGGGAGCAGAGAAGAAGAGAAAAACACCAAAUCUUGCUGAUCGUGCCGAAUCCAAAGCCAUAAAUGAUGAGGAACAAACAUCAAGAAAGAAGACCAAGGCACUUUCCAAAAUGUUGCGGAAGAUGCAAGAACAGGAAAAUCAAAUGCAAGAAAAAGAAUUCGAACGUGCAUUUUUUAGGGAAUUUUGGCCGGAUAAUGUUUGAUCUAGACUUUUCUAAACAGAUCUGAAUCUUUCUAUACACUUUCAAUUGAAGUUGUCCUCAGGAAGUGUACAGGCUGUUUCAAUCUUGAUUUGCAUAUUUCCUCUUCAGGACCCUUACUGGGUAACACAAGAUGGCCUUGAUAAGUGUAGUUUACUUGGAAUGAACUACAAACAAAUUGGAAUGAGCUUCAGUGCGGUAAUGUAGUUUGCUAGGUCAGUGUUGGUUUAUGCGCCUACUCUACAUUACCUUGACAGUGUUGGUUAAAGCGCCUACUGAUCCGGUUACCCACAUCUCAUGCAAAAAUGCUUCAUUCACUCCUUUAGGAUUUUCAUCUAGUCGAACAUUGUGUUCAGGUCACUAAAGUAUCUGCUACACUUCCUCUGUAGUUUGAAUUUGAAA